AUGUCGAUUUCCGUACAAGAGCUGGACAACACCGUCCGGGCUCUGUUUGAAGGCAAAGGAGAGAUUUUCAAGCAGAACCCAGAUGCCUGGGUCACCGUCGGCAACAUCCUCCAAGAGGCCUCAUAUCUUCAAACCAAAUACAUUGCCCUUCAGGUCCUCGACAAUGUGAUCAUGACCCGGUGGAAAGUUCUACCACGAGAGCAAUGCCAGGGUAUCCGAAACUUCAUCGUUAGGUUCAUCCUCGAGAACUCCGAAUCCGAGGAGAAGAUCCAAUCCGAGCGUCCUCUUUUGAACAAGCUUAACCUGGUGCUCGUCUCCAUUCUGAAGCAGGAAUGGCCUCACAACUGGCCCACCUUCAUCAACGAGAUCAUCUCCUCGUGCCACGCCAGCCUCUCGAUCUGCGAAAACAACAUGAACAUUCUUCGCCUGCUGUCCGAGGAGGUCUUUGACUUCUCACAAGACCAAAUGACCUCUAUCAAGGCACGAAACCUGAAGACGACCAUGACUUCUGAAUUCGCGUCGAUCUUCCAGCUCUGUUCCGAGGUUUUGAACACUGCCAAUCAGCCCAGUCUAGUGAAGGCCACUCUCGAAACACUGCUGCGAUUUUUGAACUGGAUUCCCUUGGGUUACAUCUUCGAAACCCCCAUCAUCAACACUCUUCUUACUCGGUUCCUCGGCGAGCCCGAGUUCCGAAAUGUGACCCUGAAGUGUCUGACCGAGAUUGGCGGUUUGCAAAUCGGUACUCCCUACAACUAUGAUGAAAGACUGGUGCACAUGUUCACGGAAACACUUACUGCCGUGUCCAACGUUAUCCCCUUGUCUCUGGAUCUGAAGCAGACCUAUGCCAUGAGCAACGGAAGAGACCAAGAGUUCUUAUCAAAUUUGGCCUUGUUCCUUUCAAGCUUCUUCGGUGCUCAUCUGGACCUCAUUGAGAAGUUGCCAAACCAAGAUUAUCUCACCCACUCACAUUUCUACAUGAUUCGAAUCAGUCAGAUCGAUGAUCGGGAGGUUUUCAAGAUUUGCUUGGACUACUGGACCAAAUUGGUGCAGGAACUCUACGAAGAAAUGCAGCAGCUUCCCAUCACCGAUAUCAACCCGCUGGUUUCCAUGAGCGUCAGUGGUCUUGCCAAUGGGGGUGCUCCUAAUCCUAGCACGUUGGCCGGCUACCCUCUUCGCAAGCACAAGUACGAGACCGUGCUCACAAACCUCCGCACUGUGAUGAUUGAGAAGAUGGUCCGUCCGGAGGAGGUCCUCGUUGUGGAAAAUGACGAAGGUGAAAUUGUCCGUGAAUUUGUCAAGGAAAGUGAUACCAUCCAGCUUUACAAGACAAUCCGCGAGUGCUUGGUCUACCUUACCCAUUUGGAUGUCGUUGAUACCGAGACCAUCAUGAUCGACAAAUUGGCAAAGCAAGUCGAUAAUACCGAAUGGUCCUGGGUGAACUGCAACACGCUUUGCUGGGCCAUCGGCUCGAUUUCUGGCGCCAUGAACGAGGAGACUGAGAAGCGGUUCUUGGUCACUGUCAUCAAGGAUCUGCUUGGGCUCACAGAGCAAAAGCGUGGCAAGGAUAACAAGGCUGUGGUGGCGAGUAACAUUAUGUACAUUGUGGGACAAUACCCUCGAUUCUUGAAGGCUCACUGGAAAUUCCUGAAGACUGUUGUCAACAAGCUAUUCGAGUUCAUGCACGAAACACACGAAGGUGUUCAGGAUAUGGCUUGCGAUACCUUCAUCAAGAUUGCAAACAAGUGCAGACGGCACUUUGUCGCACUGCAGCCCGGUGAAAAUGAGCCUUUCAUCGAAGAAAUCGUUCGGAACAUGAGAAAGAUCACACAGGAUCUUUCUCCUCAGCAGAUCCAUACUUUCUACGAGGCAUGUGGCUACAUGAUUUCUGCUCAGGGACAAAAGACACUCCAAGAUCGCUUGACCGAAAACCUGAUGGCACUUCCAAACUCCGCCUGGGACUCUAUCAUCGCCCAGGCCAACCAGAACCCUGCUAUUCUCCAGGAUAACGACACCAUCAAGAUCGUUGGAAACAUCAUGAAGACCAACGUGGCGGCUUGUUCCUCCAUCGGCACUUACUUCUCUUCCCAGAUCGGUCGUAUUUACCACGACAUGCUGAACAUGUACCGGGCUGCCAGUGAGCUCAUUAACACUUCAGUUGCCAAUGACGGAGCCAUUGCACCCAAGACCCCCAAGGUCCGGGGACUUCGAACCAUUAAAAAAGAAAUCUUGAAGCUCAUCGACACCUAUGUGGACAAGUCGGAUGAUCUUGAGAUGAUCAACGCCAACAUGGUACCCCCACUUAUGGAGGCUGUUCUGAUUGAUUAUGCCCGGAACGUUCCCGAUGCACGAGAGGCCGAGGUCUUGAACGCCAUGACUACAAUCAUUCAUAAGCUUCACAACUUGAUGGAGGACAAGAUUCCCGCCAUCAUGGACAGCGUCUUCAACUGCACCCUUGAAAUGAUCAACAAGGACUUCCACGAAUACCCUGAGCACCGUGUCGAAUUCUUCAAAUUGCUGCAGGCGGUUAACUUGUACUGCUUCCAGGCGCUUCUGAAGCUUGAUGGCGCUCAGUUCAAGUUUGUGAUCGACUCAUGCAUGUGGGCUUCGAAGCACGAUAACCGUGAAGUUGAGAACACGGGUCUCACGAUGUGCUUGGAGUUGAUGAACAACAUGGCUGAGACUGACCCACAGACCUCGAGCAUCUUCUUCCGUCAAUUCUAUAUUUCGAUUCUCCAGGACGUCUUCUUUGUCUUGACUGACAGUGACCACAAGGCCGGUUUCAAAUCCCAAGCCAUGCUUCUGUCCCGCAUGUUCUACUUCAUUGAGUCCGGCAAGAUUCAAGAGCCUAUCUAUACUCCCGAUCAAGCUCCCAUGGGAACUUCAAACAAAGAAUUCUUGCAGGAAUACAUUGCUAACCUGCUGAAGAAUGCGUUCAACAACCUUCAAGAAGCCCAAAUCAAGCAAUUUGUCCUUGGACUCUUUGCCUUCACCGAUGAUCUUAACAAGUUCAAGACCCACCUCCGUGACUUCUUGAUCUCCCUCAAGGAGUUCUCUGAUGAUAACGCAGAGCUCUAUGCGGAAGAGAGAGAACAGGCUGUCCGCGAUGCCCAAACGGCCGAGCGAGACCGCGCUAUGAAGGUCGGCGGCUUGUUGAAGCCCUCGGAGAUGGACCAGGAGGAUGAGCUAUGA